AUGUUCUUCUGUCAGGAUGCACUGAAACUCUCAGCCUUAAUAACAGAUGAUUAUCUUUAUAAAAGCUACCUGCUGCAGCUCCAGAAGAAGAAGAGCGUCGAUGACUCGGGCGACGCUGAUUGGCUGCAGCCCUGGCGCAGAGUUGCAGUUUGCAAGAAACCCCAUCUGGCAAGGAGUCGUGGAGUGUCACUAAAUGAACAGACGUCAAGUCGCAGAGUCCCACGUAUGGCUCUCUCUGCGGGCGGGAGGGACUGUCUGCGUGCCGGGGACACUUGCUCCAGCGACGACACCUGCAGCCCGCGACUGCGCACCCUCAGGCAGUGUGUGGCGGGGGACGGCAGUGUGAAGCUGGGGCCCGGGGCACGAAACCAGUGUGAGAACGCUAUGACGGCGCUGUUGUCCACUCCUCUGCACGGCUGCCAAUGUAAACGAGGCAUGAAGAAGGAGAAGAACUGCCUGAGUAUCUACUGGAGUCUGCAUCAGUCUGUGCUGCAUGGGCUCAGCCUGGUGGAGAGCUACCCAUAUGAACCAGAGGAGAGAGGCUCUGACUACGUGCGUCUGGCCUCCAUCGCUGCAGAGUCUGAAGUAACGACGGUGAACCGCUGCCUGGAUGCUGCCAAGGCGUGUAACAUAGAUGAGACAUGUCAGAAGCUUCGUACGGAAUACGUCUCGGCCUGCAUCCAGCCGUCAGCCCGCUCGGGGCCAUGUAACCGACCAAAGUGCAACAAGGCGCUGAGGAAGUUCUUUGACCGUGUUCCCCCCGACUACACCCAUGAGCUGCUGUUCUGCCCCUGCACCGAUACAGCCUGCGCAGAGCGCCGCCGUCAAACCAUCGUGCCGACCUGCUCCUACGAGGACAAGGAAAAGCCCAACUGCCUGGCUCAGCUGCGGAUCUGCAAAGCAGACUACGUGUGCAGGUCUCGCUGGGCACAGUUCCAGUAUGAUUGCCAACCUUCCGAGCAGAGCGCCAGUGGCUGCAAGCAGGAGAACUACGGAGCAUGUCUACUUGCGUACACUGGCCUGAUGGGAAGCAUGAUAACUCCCAACUACCUUGACAACUCCACAUCCAACGUGGGACCCUGGUGCUCCUGCACAGCAAGCGGCAACCACAGAGAACAAUGCAAUGACUUCCUCACUUUUUUCCACGACAAUGUCUGCCUGAAAAAUGCCAUCCUGGCCUUUGGGAAUGGAUCGGACGUGAAAACGGGCUCCAGCCAGCCCGGGAUGCCCAGUCCAGCGACGGACAACCAGAGCCCGCACUUGGCAACCACCGCCCCAGGCGUCUCCAUGGAAACGGAGCAGAACAUUCUGAGAGCACAGAUACCUACUCAGGUAAACGAGAACGACAGAUUGUGGGGCGACGAGGGAGACUCCACUCUUCCCUCUCCGGGCCUGUCGGACCGUGGAGCCGAGCCCAUCCGCCUUUCCCUGCUGCUGGUCCUCGGUUGGCUGCUCCUGCUGCUACUCUCCGACCAAUAAGAGGCCAGUAUCAGCUGGCCUCCACGGA